CCGCGGAUUUAAUAGAGAUGCUGGCCUCGAUGAGGGAGGAAAUAAAUAGCAAACUCACGAAUAUCAAUAGCCAGCUUUCUGGAUUGGCACAGGCCAAUCUGGUUCAGAGCCAACGGGUGGCUAAUCUAGAAACGAAGAUCAGGCAGCUUAACCCCGGAACCGAUAUGCUGAAGGUUGAGGAGUCGAUCGAGGAGGAAGAGCGCCCAGCGUUUCAUAAUUCACCCUCGCCUACGCCGAGUAAAGCACUACCUGAGGAAACAUUGUCAUCCCCGGGAGGAACCGUAGUAGAACCAAGUCUGACCAUGGAAGAAGCUCAACUCACGCUGCAGGCGACGGAGGGUGACGACGUGGAAGCGAAUCCAGGACCGGUCGUAACGCCUGGCAGACCUGCUAUGCCCCCAAACCAUACUACGUUAGCCGGUUUGCUUUUGAAGUGGCCAUCAAUUAAGAGAAUGGUUCAUCAUCUGAUGGAAGCAGAAAAGAUAUUUCACCCGGACGAAUACCCGAUCGGGCUGGAACAGCAGCGCGGUAUACUUCGCGUUUUUGGGAAAGGUGAGGGGUUCGAUCAGGACAUUCGAGCUUCCGACAAAGAAACGCCACCAGAUCAUACAAUGACCGACAUAUUGGAUGAUUGUUCCGAUGUUGCAUCUCCUUCGCCGAUGGGAGAAGCAUGGGGCCAAGUAGGCAGCUUAACCCCGCCUCCUGGUGUUGAAUAUAGGGGAGGAGUUGUUAACGUCGAUGGAAAUCCGGAGUGGGACUCGACCAAGAUAUGGCGAUACGUGAACAGCUUCAAGGAAAAUAUCCUUAAUAUGCAUCCGAUAAUCAUCCCAAGGGAGCUCACUGCGAUGGUCAAGGUGUUUCUCGAGUCUUUACCAAAGUCUCAAACCUACCAGAACAGUAAGCUCGGCGCGAGUGCGAGAUUUGUCAACCAGCCGAGCGCGAUACCUCCGUCCUUUUCCGAAACGGGAACGAAGAGGAAGCGAUCACCUGCUGUGGAUGAGGCAAGCCCGUCGGCGGCGUUUGUGAAGCCUGGCCGACCGUUCCGAAGCGUCCAUAGCGCUCUCGUGUUGAUGGUUUUCGCUUUAGGUAAGAUUUGCUUACACAAGGACAAGAUACCGGAUCCAGUUUACGAGUCGGAUUCGCCAAUGCAUCAUUCACCUUCGGUCCGCAACGGUAUCCUGGCGUCGCCUUUGCAAGGAUCACCCCCGGGACUCUUAUCCCAGUCUCAAUCUAAUAUGGCGUCUCCCAAGGAGGGUGAGAGGAUUCCUAUGAGUCGGAGACCGUCUUUCCAAGGAAACAUGUCGGGUUCGAAGGGUCCGCAUUCACACAGGCGAAAUCUAGAUGUUAUUCCCGGUCUUGAGUAUUUCGCUCUUGCAAUGGAUAUCGUGGGUAGUCAUAUGGGUGCUUUCAACAUAAAGCACGUUUACGUUCACAUUUUGGCGGGGCUUUACCACGGUCAACUUGGGCGCGUACUUGAAAGUUGGUCGCACAUCUCUUUUGCAAGCCGGAAUCUGCAAGUUAUACUCAGACCGAGCCUCGACCGCUUAUCAAAAUGGCAUGACCAAGGUAGAAGUAUCGGACAGUCACGUAGGGAUAAUCAGCUGGCAUUUGCUUUCUGGACAUGCCUGCAGUUGGAAAGUGAUAUUCUCGCCGAGUUGCCUCUUCCUCAGUCCGGUAUCUUGCAAUAUGAAGAUAGGAUGCCAUAUCCAAACUCGGAGUAUGCUGUCAAUCAAGGUUUCUCAGAGCACGUAGUAACGGGUUACAUUGCACAGUUGUAUCUUCGGAAACAACUUAACCAAGUGCACACCCUGCUCUACGAUUCGGAGAAGCAGAACAAGCACAAGAACGGGAUCACUUUAGACGACCCUGCGAUCGAAGAAGGUAUCAAGCGCAUUGAGGAGAUGCUUAGAAACUCGAGAAAUCGUUGGGUACCGAGUAGCUACCAAUGGAAUGACAAUGACCCUCCGGCUAACGACAUACUUGGAGCUCGCCUCCGUGCCAAGUAUUGGGGCUCACAAGUCAUUCUUUACCGACCUUUCUUGAGGGCCAUUCUCGAGCGAGAGCCUUGGCCAUAUCACAAUCAAGCGGGCUCACCGGAUGCUCAACAGCCUCCCGAAUAUUCAGAGGUCCCCGCAGGCGUAGAUAGUAGGAUCGUCAAGUAUGCCAGCUUGGCGAUAUACGCCCUCGUCGAAAGUACUCGAGCAUUCCAUGGAAUACCUAGCAGCCAACGUAUCAUCAUAACUAACGUAUUCGGGACAGCUCACGCUCAAUGGGGAAAUCUUUUAACUUUAGCGGCAUGUUACAAAGACAGAUACCUACAUAAGUUCAUAGAUGCGGAGACUUUGAGCAAUCUCUUCGCUCGGACGAUCUCCUUCUUCCAGUCGAUUGCCCUACCCUCGAGCGCGUUAAGGGCCGAUAUGAAUAUCUUGAUCGGCCUGGCCAAAGAUCUAGGCUUUAUCCGGGACGAGUACGACGUUACAAGCUCGAGCUUUUCUAGCAUGGCAAGUGGUGGUCCUCUCCCUCCUAUGCACAGUAACCCUAGCGACAAUUACCACGCGCCUCCGCCAUCAGCGCUGGGACGUCCUCCACAUAUUCCACCGCAUUCGAUCUCUUAGGGAUAUCUUUUUUUGUUGUUGUUGUGGGGAUUCUACAAAAGAAAAGAAAAAAAGACAAAAAAAGGGGGAAAUUUUUGGAAUGUCGUAAAUGACACGGACCAGCGAUGGUUAUUAUGGUAUUAUGGGCUCUUCCGUCCUCCAUGAGCGGUCUCGAGAUGGCCACGGGAGUAUACUUAUGUUCGGAUCCCCCACGGCUAUUUUUUUCCGAGACCAAAUUUGGAACACGAGCUAUCGCUUACAUGAUUUGCAUGGGGGUUGCUUAUUGGCGGAUAUGAAGAGGAUACUUAUUUUUGGCGGUUUUUGCACCUGGCAACGGCGUUUUGGGUUACAGUCCAACGCGACACCAUGUUUGGCUCUACGGUACUAAUGUUGCGCACUAUAUAUACCUACCUUAUAUACACAGAGAUGUGCAUGGUUUCCGGCAAGUUUUCUUUUCCAUUUCGUCAUCAUUCGUGGCACCAACCCACUGGAGCAUACAAUAUCGGCGUUUUUUUAUUGAGGCAGCAUUGGAAGAUCCCUUGUGACAAAAGUUUACGGAACUCGAAAGCUGAGGAUACCCCUAGCGAGAGCGCAUCUGGUCGUGC